GCCUUAUUGGUUCCGUUGGCGGAGCCGUUUGCGAAAGGAAGUUCCUUACGCAGCAGCUUCCGGUUUCAAGAUGGUCGCCUAAACUAUUUAGUUUUCUCCAUCCCUCUUCGUUUUUUUAAAGUCUGGGUGUGACGUAUUAAAGGACUCGACGGAAAUAGAACUGAAAGCAUUCUAAAAUGGCGAACCGUACGGUGAAGGAUGCGCACAGCAUCCACGGCACCAACCCUCAAUACCUGGUGGAGAAGAUCAUUCGAACGCGAAUCUAUGAGUCCAAAUACUGGAAAGAAGAGUGCUUCGGACUUACAGCUGAACUUGUAGUAGAUAAAGCCAUGGAAUUAAGGUUUGUGGGUGGCGUCUAUGGUGGCAACAUAAAGCCAACUCCCUUUCUGUGUUUGACCUUGAAGAUGCUUCAGAUUCAGCCAGAGAAGGAUAUCAUUGUAGAGUUUAUCAAAAAUGAAGACUUCAAGUAUGUCCGCAUGUUGGGAGCACUUUACAUGAGGCUGACAGGCACUGCAAUUGAUUGCUACAAGUACUUGGAGCCUUUGUAUAAUGACUACAGAAAAAUCAAGAGCCAGAACCGUAAUGGAGAGUUUGAACUGAUGCAUGUAGAUGAGUUUAUUGAUGAACUGCUGCACAGUGAGAGAGUCUGUGAUAUCAUUCUGCCACGGCUACAGAAACGCUAUGUACUAGAGGAAGCUGAGCAACUGGAGCCACGGGUUAGUGCUCUAGAAGAGGACAUGGAUGAUGUGGAGUCCAGUGAAGAGGAAGAAGAGGAGGAUGAGAAGUUGGAGAGAGUACCAUCACCUGAUCACCGCCGAAGAAGCUACAGAGACUUAGACAAACCCAGGCGCUCUCCCACACUACGCUAUAGGAGGAGUAGGAGCCGGUCUCCAAGAAGGCGGAGUCGAUCUCCCAAGAGGAGGAGCCCCUCCCCUCGCAGAGAAAGGCAUCGGAGCAAAAGUCCAAGACGACACCGCAGUAGGUCCCGAGAUAGAAGACACAGGUCCCGCUCCAAAUCACCAGGUCAUCAUCGUAGUCACAGACACAGGAGUCACUCAAAAUCUCCUGAAAGAUCUAAGAAAAGCCACAAGAAGAGCCGGAGAGGGAAUGAAUAAUGGAUUCAAUCUGGUUUUAGUCCAAAUAGCGUACGAAUUUGAAGGCAUCUGUGUGGAAGGAUUAAGAAACACUUCUUAGGCAGCUAUGAGGUUUUUUAGCCAAUAUUCUCUUUUUUAAAUGAAAGAGGUGCUGAGUUUUGUAUCUCUUCUUGAAUCAUAAUCUGUGUUUGAGGAAUAGUGCUACCCAAAGGCUGCUUUUGACCCUGCAAUACAACCAAUCUUGAUUUAUUCAAAUGUGUGAGGGCAGAAAGGAUUUGGGAUCUGGAAGGCAUGGGUGACUAGCAAAGGUUAUAGCCAUCUGAUUUUUUUAUAUUAAAUUUGACAUACCCAUUUUGCAUUUUUCUGUACUUUAGUUUUCGGUUUGCCCCAUGUGAGAAUCCCGAACGAAAUUCAUGCUGCUGUUGCUGCAUUCAAAGAUCAAACCAGUAAAACACAUUAACUUCUACUUUCCCCUCCAGCGUCCGCAAAGUGAUGAUAAACAUGAAAAAUAACUGAUAGUAACUGAUUUGUAAAGACAGAAUGCAUUCAAAUGUAAGGCUUCUGUGUCAUUUAAUUCACAGUUGUACUUAAUACUUCAACAAACAGACGUAACACCCUUUAUACAACAUGCUUACAGUCGUCCCCGUCCCCCCCCCGCAGGCCUUGAAUUCCAGGUUAAGGUGCUCAGCCUGUAUCUUACAAAUAUUGACAUUAUCCAUAUUUAGUCAGUGGCAGUAGGGUUAACAAGACUAAAAGUUUGAUGGAGAGAAGGGUAUCUAUUGUCCAGCAGUACUGACUGGAACUGCUGGACAAUACUGCCAUAUACAAAGGCAGAAAUUGCACUGCAGGAAGAGACUAGUUUUAGAAAGGUAGUGAUAGGUGUGGCGGCAGGGAAAAUAAUGCACUUAAAGUUUGAGAUAGCUAUGCUGUAUCUAGGUAAAAUCCAGACAGUUGGAAAUAGGGACUCAGUUAAACAUAGUAAUCUAGGCCUGAAAUAACACUGUUAGUUAACUUGGGAAGAUGUAAAAUUAAAUGAGAUUUCCCAGGGGUGCAUGUAUGUUAAAAAAAAAAAAAAAUCAACAGUUAAGUAAUAGGCAAUACCAACACUGGAGAAUGGAGAAAGUGCAAUUUAAAAACUACCAUUUAAAAAGGUAGGAGAAAUAUUAAAGAAGUGAAGCACCUAAGGUCGUAGAAGCAAAAUAAGGACUUAAAACUGCCCACUGAUAAUCUAAAGAGGGUUCAGAGUCUUUGCUAGUUGAGCUGUCUGUCCAUACUUACCUUUCCUCUUUUAAAAAUGGAAAUGUGAAUUGAAUGGUUUCCAGCAUCUCUGGUCCCAGCAAAAAUUGUGAAGAGAGGAUUCAUUUUCUUGGGAAGUCAUAGGAUAAACAUUAUUCUGUUUGCUACUGAAUUGCAGGACUUCUGUAGCAAUAUUAAAGCAUGGUGGGAUCAUGUUUGAAAUUUCAUACUCUUUGAAAAUUUCCAAUACUUUAAUAAAAAGUUGUUGACAUGAGUUAUUAUAACUACAAACAGAACUACCUACCUUUACAAAUUAAAUGUAAGUAGUGUUAAUACCCUAGCAGAGUCCUAGAAGUUCAUUCUCUACCAAAGUGAUCUAGGUAGGGAAAUGUCUUUGGGCCAAAUGAUCAACUAUGUCAUCACCCACUAUGUUUUCAAUAAUUUCUAUCUUAAAAAAAUUUAAGUAACAGAAAUACCACCCCUUCUUUCUCCCAGCACAGAAAACAAAGUGGCAAACUUCUUGGGCAUAUGAAAUCUGGACCGAAAUGGGGCAGCAUAGUCAACCUAUAGCAGAAGUAUAUUAUCCCUAUUCUUUAAUUAGUAUAAAGAGAUAAGUAAAUGCAACACACUGAACAUCUCUCUAGAGAUUGUUUUGACAAACAGUAUUACAGGUGAAGCUCUAAGAUGAACAUUGCACAUUUCUGUCAUCUGUGUAGAAGCUUACUGGAUAAGGCUGUGAAACUCUAACAUUGUUUUACUGCAGCUUACUAUCCUUACUAUAUAUACAUAAUAUGCACUGAAAAUUCAGAAUGAGUUAUCAGGAUGCACUCUGAUACUUCUUUUAUCUUUUU